UAUCAGAUUUAUUGUUUGAUUAAGGGCUUGUUUAUAUGUAUUGAUUACAAAUCGCUAGAUAGCACAUUUCUGGAAUCUUCAGGCAGUUUUAUUCGAAAAUUUGGAAUUGGUCUUGGACCUGGUGCGUGAAAACCCCUGGAGCUUGUCUAGGGUUGAUCGACAUGGCCGUACUUUACUGAUGUUGGCUGCUCACAAUGGCAGAGUCGAUAGUCUGAGGACAUUGUUGGCUCUCAGCCAAGAUACGCUGAAUGCGAGCAACGGCGCGGGAAAGACUGCUUUACACCUGGCUGCUGAAGCCGGGGAAGUGUUAGCAGUUCGACAGCUCCUCGAUGCUGGUGCUGACGCAGAACGUCGCGACGCAGCAGGACAUUGCGCCCUCGAAUCAGCACAUAUUGCCGGACAUGAUACCGUGGCCGCAGCGAUAAUUGAGAACAUUCGUGAGUCUUCUGCAAGAGUUGAUAGUUUUAUGCACUCUUUUUUGCAUUUCCUGAAUAUUGCAGAGCUCGAAAACGAGAAGCUAAAUGAGGCUCACGCUCAGCUAAUG